UCGUACAUGUGUACAUGUAUACAUGUAUAAUUCGUCUUCUCGCGUCACUCGUCACCCAAUGUUGAUCCUUGUCCCUCCCCCUAGUUCUUUCGUGAACCAUCACACAAGCAGCACCACAUCGACCUCGUCAAGGAAUAUGCAAGGCAUCAUCUGAACAUAAUGGCAUCUGUUGUAAUGAACUUUCUGAACACCACUUCGGAGUGGGUGACAUUGGCUUUGGAUGCUCCUUCUGCUCGAGCUGUUGUCUUUGGAGUGCAUAUAGGCGGUCAUCUAUUUGUGGAAGUUCUUCUUCUUGUGGUUAUUGUUUUCCUGCUUUCCCAGAAAAGUUACAAGCCGCCUAAGCGACCAUUAACAAAGAAGGAGAUUGAUGAGCUAUGUGAAGAAUGGGUUCCAGAAUCCCUUAUCCCUCCAAUGACAGAAGAGAUGAAACAUGAACCACCAGUUUUGGAAAGUGCCGCAGGACCGCAUACAACAAUCAAUGGCAAAGAAGUUGUGAACUUUGCAUCAGCAGAUUAUCUGGGAUUGAUAGGGCACAAUAAAUUAAUUGAGUCAUGCACCUCGUCAUUGGAGAAGUAUGGUGUUGGUUCUUGUGGUCCUCGUGGGUUUUAUGGAACAAUAGAUGUCCACCUUGAUUGUGAGGCCAGAAUAGCUAAGUUUUUGGGAACUCCUGAUUCAAUUCUCUAUUCUUAUGGACUUUCCACCAUGUUCAGUGCAAUUCCGUGCUUCAGUAAGAAGGGUGACAUUAUUGUUGUGGAUGAGGGAGUUCACUGGGGAAUACAAAAUGGCCUUUAUCUAUCUAGAAGCACUGUUGUGUAUUUCAAACACAAUGACAUGGGAUCUCUACAAAAGACACUAGAAAAAAUCGCUGCAGAGAAUAAGCGGGUUAAGAAAGUGCGGCGUUACAUCAUAGUUGAAGCUGUUUACCAGAAUUCUGGCCAAAUAGCUCCCUUAGAUGAGAUCAUCAAAUUGAAGGAGAAAUAUCGCUUUCGUGUUUUGUUGGAUGAGAGCAACUCAUUUGGUAUACUUGGCAAGUCUGGAAGAGGUCUUUCUGAAUACCAUGGAGUUCCAGUUGAGAAGAUAGAUAUUAUAACUGCUGCUAUGGGACACGCAUUAACCACGGAAGGAGGAUUCUGCACUGGGAGUACUAGAGUCAUUGAUCACCAACGCUUAAGUAGUUCUGGAUAUGUCUUUUCUGCUUCUUUGCCCCCAUAUCUUGCAAGUGCUGCAAUUACAGCUAUAGACAUCCUGGAGGAUAACCCUGCUCUAAUAAGAAAUCUGAAGGAAAAUAUCGCAUUAAUCUGGAAAGGCUUGUCUGGCAUACAAGGACUGUCCGUAGCAAGCAACCCAGAGUCACCCAUUGUAUUUCUCAGACUACAGAAGUCCACAGGAACCACAAAAGGUGACUUACAUAUUCUUGAAGAGAUUGCCGAUCGUGUUUUGAAAGAAGACUCGGUGUUUGUAGUGACUUCAAAAAGGUCAAUACUUGACAAAUGUCGUCUGCCCGUAGGAAUUAGAUUAUUUGUUUCUGCUGCCCAUUCUGAAUCUGAUCUGCUGAAGGCAUGUGAAUCAUUGAAGAGAAUAUCCGCACUGGUACUGAUGGAUCAUAACUGAAUGCUAAACAUCAGACCCACCAUGUGCACUUGAUUGCUGAACCCAUAUUCAUCUGUUCAACGAUUUUUAUUGACCAGCAUUAGUGAAAAGAGGGCUGUUGGGUUUGAAAGCUGCAUAAUAGUGUUUUUGUGUGAUUAUGUGGAAUAGCGCUAUUUUAUGUGCUGCCCUGUUGAAGGGGCAAUGACAGCUGACGUAGAUCUAAUGUUGAAGGCUAGAUCACAUACUAGCAUUUUCUUUUAUUCAUUGUACAUGAGAAUCCACAGUCGCCAUGUUUCGUGUAUGUGCACUGAGGAAACUCAUGAGUCCGCUGCGCAAUAGUUCGCAAAUUUAACGCAAGCAAUUUCAUGUAUAGACAGACUUGGGAAUAAAAGGGUUGAUAUAACUUGACUUUACGGAAA